AUGUGCAACCUCUUGUCAAUCCCCGACGGACUGUUAUGGACGAAUCUUGGAUACCCUGGUGGCGCUAUUCUUCCUGUUUUUGAUGCUAUCUACAACUCGAAAUACUUCGAUUUUAUUCUCCCUAAACACGAGCAGGGAGCGGGGCACAUGGCUGAGGGCUAUGCCCGUGCGUCUGGAAAACCUGGAGUGGUUGUGGUCACUUCUGGACCUGGUGCAACGAAUGUCAUCACCCCCAUGGCCGACGCAUUUACGGACGGCACGCCCAUGGUCGUCUUUUCAGGCCAGGUUCCUACUUCGGCAAUUGGCAGCGACUCAUUUCAGGAAGCUGAUGUGAUAGGCAUCUCAAGGGCCUGUACGAAGUGGAACGUCAUGGUAAAGAGCGUUGCAGAGUUGCCGCGCCGGAUCAAUGAGGCAUUCGAGAUUGCCACGAGCGGCAGACCCGGUCCUGUUCUAGUCGACCUACCUAAAGAUAUCACCGCUGGCGUACUACGACGUGCGAUACCAACUGAUUGUGACAUUCCUUCGAUCCCGAGCGCUGCCUCGCGUGCUGUGCAAGCACUUAGUGAGAAGCAGCUUGAACAGUCAAUCUCCCGAGUUGCCGAUCUGAUCAAUGUUGCUAAAAAACCCGUUAUCUAUGCUGGCUACGGCAUCACAUGCUCCAAGGGAGGCGUUGAGCUCCUCAAGGGGCUCGCUGAUAAGUCCUCUAUACCGGUGACGACUACGCUCCAGGGCCUUGGGUCCUUUGAUGAACUAGACGAAAAAUCUCUUCAUAUGCUCGGCAUGCAUGGCUCGGCUUAUGCUAACAUGGCCAUGCAAAACGCUGACCUCAUUAUCGCUCUUGGUGCACGGUUUGAUGAUCGCGUCACGGGAAAUAUUUCCAAAUUCGCACCUGGUGCAAAAGCAGCGGCAGCCGAAGGCAGGGGCGGCAUUGUCCACUUUGAAAUUAUGCCGAAAAAUAUCAACAAGGUGGUGCAAGCUACAGAGUCUGUCGAAGGGGAUGUUGCUACAAAUCUUAAAAUUCUUGUACCACAAGUCAAGGAAAGAACUCUGGAUGACCGAAGGGAAUGGUUUGCCGACAUCAACGAAUGGAAGAAGCGCUGGCCUCUUUCUGCGUUCGAACGUGAGGAACGCGGUGGCUUGAUCAAACCGCAGACUUUGAUCGAGCAGCUCAGCAAUCUUACCGCUGACCGCAAGCAAGAAACAAUCAUCACCACAGGCGUUGGCCAGCACCAAAUGUGGGCCGCUCAACACUUCCGCUGGCGACACCCCAGGACUAUGAUAACCUCGGGUGGUCUAGGAACCAUGGGCUUCGGUCUGCCAGCGGCUAUCGGGGCGAAGGUUGCCCGUCCGGAUGCCCUUGUCAUUGAUAUUGAUGGCGACGCGUCCUUCAACAUGACUCUUACUGAACUUUCUACGGCAGCGCAAUUCGGAAUCGGCGUCAAAGUGAUUGUUUUGAACAAUGAGGAACAGGGAAUGGUCACACAAUGGCAAAAUCUUUUCUACGAAGAUCGCUACUCCCACACGCACCAAAAGAACCCUGACUUCAUGAAACUGGCUGACGCCAUGGGGCUUCAACACCGGCGCGUGUCAGAUCCCGCCGAGACGGUAGACAGCCUGAAGUGGCUGAUCGAAAGCGAUGGUCCGGCUCUGCUGGAGGUCUUAACAGAUAAGAAGGUUCCCGUUCUCCCCAUGGUGCCAGCAGGGUCGGCACUACAUGAAUUCAUAACAUGGGAUGCUGAGAAAGACAAAAAGCGAAGAGAAAUCAUGCGCAAGCGCACUUUGGGCCUACACAACUAA